AUGACCACACCGGCUGCGGCAGAUGAGCCUGCAAGGCGAAGGCGACCGGGCAGAAAGUAUACGUCCCGAGCUUGCGAGGCUUGCCGGCAGCGAAGAGCCAAGUGUGAUGGGGCUCGGCCAUCUUGCUCCCGGUGCCUGGACCGUGGCGUUCAAUGCGAGUACUCCACCGCAGAGGAUGGACGGCAACCAGCGCCAAAGUCUUAUGUGGUUAUGCUGCGAACCCGGAUUGGGUUGCUGGAGCGGGUGUUGCAUUCCCACGGGAUUGAUCCCGAUAUUGCCAUUCAAGCAAUCACGGCAAAAGAUGAGCCUGACCACGAGCUCGACCAAGAAUGGGCCCCGGCCUCUUCGAAGAUCGAUGAGGAUUUGAGUGCCACCUUCGACGGGGCCUUAACGCUGGACGAGUCAUUGAAUUUUGAUCAGGAUGGCGAGGUGCGAUAUUUUGGACCGACUAGUGGUCGUUUACAGUUUCGAUCCUCAUCGCAAGACCCGCCGAGUGAGAGCUCACAUGGGCCAGAGAACCCUUAUACCAGAGCGUGCGAAAGCCAGCCUAAUCUUUGUUCAGACCUACCAGAAGAUGACUUGGUUCUGGAGGGACUCAAACCCCAUCUGAUCGAUUUGUAUUUUGAGUGGGAACAGCCUUGGUUCCAAUUAGUGAACGAGACACUAUUUCGCGACUCUAUGAGAGACGGCGGAAGAUACUUCAGCCCUCUUUUACUUUACUCUAUCCUUGCCGUAGGAUCACGAUACUGCGAUCGCAUCGAAGUGAGAACGGAUCCGAAUGACCCAAACACGGCGGGCAAGAUGUUCCUUGAGCGAGCUGAGAGCAUCAUUCAAAAUGACCUUAGGUGGCCUAAAAUCACAACUAUCCAGUCCCUAGCGAUUAUGGGGAUGGCCUAUAUCGCAAUAGGGUCCGAUGCUGCUGGAUGGCUCUACCAAGGCUCGGCUAAUCGGCUGGCUCUGGACAUGGGGUUAAAUAUGGACCCUUCGGUGCUCUCAGGAGCAGUGGCUCUCCCUGUUGUCGAGAUCGAGCUGCGCAGGCAAAUAUACUGGGCCCUGUAUUGUCACGACAAAUUGUCUGCAAGCUACACCGGCAGGGUAUGCACUGUAUUGGAAUCCCAGGGUGUCGUUAAUAAACCGUUUCCCUUAUGUGCUUCGGUCGACCAUCUUCCCUCCUCCAGCGGGAAUGGCGAAUUACGAGCGGCCUCGCCGAGAGACGUAGUUCAACUACAUAGAGCGAUGAUUGACCUGUGUCGCAUAUUCGAAAAAGUGCUUGUUUCGUUCUGGUCACCAAAGCCACUCCUCCAACCCAAACAGCGCUCCGCGUGUUUCGAAUCGUGUGUGCUGGAACUCAAGACUUGGUACUAUGAUCUCGCCGCAGAGCUCAAAAUUGAUCGUCCCUCGGGACCCUCCAACUUCCCUCACACCUACAGCCUGUGCAUGGUAUACCACACCGUGUGCAUGAUUCUUUGCGUGCCGUUCUUGAGCAACAAACCUGAUUCAAGCCCUGGUUCUGAUACCACUGAGGCCCACGCAAGGCAAGCCGGCACUGAGAAUACAUCCCAAGACACACGUGAACGCAAAGCAAUGACGAUAUGCGCCAACUCAGCUCGGGCAGUAUGUAUUGUGGCCCAAAAAUAUAGACAGAAGUUUGGCAGUUUCAAACUCAGCCCCAUUACACCGACUCACUGCAUUCUUUCGGCCGCUUUGGUCAUCAUUGAGAAAUAUUGCGUUGAUCCCAACAAAAGGGGUAUAACAGGAGCUCAAACCCCCCGAGGUCCAUCAGCACAGACCGCAGUAGGUCUUUGCCUUCAGGUCUUGCGCGAGCUGUCGACAUCCUGGAAUAUCGCGAAGCGCAUCGGGCGAAAUCUGGAGAAAUUGUAUUGUCGGCGGCUCAACUGCGACAUUGACCAUAUGCCAGCGGCUCCGUCGCUGGAAUGUAAUAUCCCUUGUGCCAUUCCACCUCAACAGGCAGAUCUCAAUGUUUGUGCUGGGUACAUGACGCCACAGUGUGAACCGAAUCCCUCUCUCUUCGAUCCAAAUGAUCUACAUAUUCAAAACACGCUGCUGACUCCCCCUCUACCACCAAUGUCAAUUGGUUUGAUGCUCCUACCCCAAGGGAAAGUAUCCACGAAGACCAAAUGA